AUGAGAGGCAGGAGGUUGAAUAGCCUUCUGCUGCUACCUCUGAUUGUCCAAGUCAGCGCAUCACAGCAUGCGAUCGAACAAGAAGAAACUUGUGGCUUAUGGUUGGCAGAGUCGACAGCGGUCAAGAACAGCUUGGGCCUCUUUGCAGGUGUCAAAGUCCGUAAAGGUGAAGAUGUAUUGAAAAAUGGAGGAGAGCUGCACAUUCCAAUAUACGACAAGAAUCCAAGAGAAUGGUCAAAGUUACAUGAUGUUUGGUGGACACACGGAAUCUCGUUGGAUUUUGCUCUGCAAUCGGAUUUCCAUUCAUAUUCCUUCCUACCGGGUGUAGGCGUGACAGCAACGUGUCAUGAUGGGAAAGCCAAUAUUAAGCUAUUUCCAACGGAAGAGAUGGAUACCAGUGGAGUUCAUCGACACAAAGAUGCAACAGCUGGCAGCUUUACCUAUCGUUUACACUCGGAAUACGUGGCAUCUGAAAACAUCGCGGCAGGCCAAGAAUUACUUCUAGAUUGUCGAGAAAGUAGUACAGAUGAGGAGCCAACCAAGGAGAACGAGCUAUUUGCGACAUUUAAAUCGAGUGAUGCACUUUGCGUGGAUACAUUGGCCAUUCAAUCAUCAACUGUAGCCGGUGCAGGCCGUGGCGCAUUUGCCAAACGAAGUGUGAAGGAAGGCGAGAGAGUUGCAGUGUCGCCUGUAAUUGCAUUCGAUGAGUCGGAAAUGUACAUGUUCGAACAAGCGUUCGAAGACGACUACCUAACAUUUCAGGACAAAGUUCUUGGAUACCAGUUGCUGUAUAACUAUUGUUACGGACACCAAAACUCUUCAAUGCUUCUUUUGCCAACAGGCCCAGGAGUAAAUGCAAUCAACCAUGAUAGUGAAAAAGCAAAUGUUGCCCUACGAUGGUCAAACUCAACAUUGAAUGGCGAUGCAGAAUUCUUGAAAACGCACUAUGCAAAGCUUACAGGGAGACAAGACGUGAACAUGAUUCUUGAAUACAUUGCAUUAGAGGAUAUUGAUGCUGGCAAUGAAAUAUUCUUGGACUAUGGAGAGUCAUGGGAGAAGUCCUUUGAGUCCUUUGUGGAAGACGAGUGGGAACCACCUCCGUUUAGUAACAAGUAUAGAAGCGCUGCUGAUUUCAACAAACAACGUGGUGACCUGCCAUUUCGAACUGUGUCCGAGCAACGGGAUAAAAGGUACCCACGAAAUAUUAUCACCACUUGUUUGUUUCGAGAAACAGAGGAAAGCUUCGAGCAGGAUCCUGUCACAUGGACUAUGGCCAACAAUGGCUGUCUGCGCCCAUGUCGUAUACUCGAGCGACAUUAUGUUGGCGACGGAGAAUACUUGUACAAAGCAGAAGCACAAAAAAUGCCAAACAAAGUAGAGGAUCCGUUCUGCCAGCUUUCAAAGACCCAUCGGAUGGUACAGGAUAUCCCAAGCGAGGCAAUUAUGCUUACAGAUCGAAUGUAUACAACCGACGACCACAUGAUGGAUACAUUUAGAAAUUUUAUUGAGGCUCCAAACGGCCUAUUUCCCAAUUCUUGGAUGCGGGACAAUGAGGAUAUGGGCGAAUUGCUUCAGCCAAAGUUGAAAACACUGCAAAUUGAACCAAUUCGCUGGGAAAGCACUGGCGAGGCAGUCACAGAAAACGCCUACAUGGUUAAAAUGCCCAUAUCCGUUCGAAAAGGUCUGUUAGAAUAUUGCAAAGAUGUGGGCAUUACGAAAUACUUUCGUGAUUUGACAUUUCGCGGGAACAGCUUAGAAGCUGGUGAUGAGGAAGAUGUUGUGCUUGAUGGCCUCAAGUGGCACGUGCACAGACCACCAGAAGAAUGGAGGUCGGACAUGCACUGGAUGAGUCCAUUUAAUGAGAAGGCGCAUCUGGAUUAUCUUCAAGAGCUUGGAAUGGCAGGAUUUGAUGACGUGCUACAAAGCAUUGGUGAAUAUUUCGGCAUGGACAGAUUGGCCGUUUAUCACAUGUCUUUCAUUGGUGUCAGCUAUUGUAGUGAUGAUUUCAUUCACCGAGACAUCUCUGGAUCAGGUGGCAAGGUAUUUAAUGUAAUCAUUCCGUUGAUUCUCGCAGACGAAACUGGCCCCGAGCUUGGCAUCGCUGCGAAUACUGAAGGUGGCCCUAUUGGCCGUCUACGUCUUCAGAAGAAUGUUGGAAUCAUGUUAGGUGACGAUGCUUUCCAUGGAACCGCAGCUGUUGACUAUCGGGCUUUCCGCGAAAUGAGACUGGCAGCGACGGUCUACAUUGGUGAAAGCAACGAAGAGAACAUUGACAAUAUCAUGAAGCACUAUGCGCAACACUACGCUCAAUCUGGGAACCAAUCAAUACAUCAGAAAACGGCUAGAACCCAUUGGAAAAAAGGAGACCCGGGAGUGCGAUUACCAGAGUAUCAUGAACCUCAUGAUGAGUUAUGA